AUGUCAGACCCCUCUCCGUCGCUACCACCACUAAGACCAAUGACCUCUUCCAGCAAGCUCUCCGUCAGAACUGCUGCCAAGACAAGAGCCAGGCGUACGUCCUCUGUCGGGAGAAUCGACUUGGGUGACACAGUCUCUGGUCUUGGAACCAUGUUCGAAACGAAGGAGUCCAAGGCGGCCUCUAUGAAGAGAAUGCAUGAACUGACUCAAGCAUCCAGAAACGAUAAAGAUCUAAUCAAGAAAUUUUGGCUCUCAUUCAGAGAAAUGAACUAUCGUCACACAUGGAUUACACCUUUGAUAAUAAUGGUCAUCGUCUAUAGUGCCUACUUCACCUCCGGUAAUAGAACGUGCACAAACCCAUUGCAUAUGUUCGUCGCCGUGUCUUAUCAAGUCGAUGACACGGAUGAAUAUGCUAAGGGUAUUAAAGAUCUUUGUUUCGUGUUUUAUUACAUGAUAUUCUUCACGUUCUUACGUGAAUUCUUAUUAGAUGUUGUAUUGAGACCCAUCCCAGAUAUAUUGCAUGCUAAUUCCAAGCAUAAGAGUAAAAGAAUCAUUGAACAAAUGUUCUAUAUCGUCUAUUAUGGGUUUUCAGCCCCAUUUGGAUUAUACGUCAUGUAUCAUUCCAAUCUUUGGCUAUUCAAGACUGCCCCCAUGUAUGAAACAUACCCUGAUUUGACAAAUCCAUUCUUAUUUAAAGUCUUUUACUUGGGUCAAGCUGCAUUCUGGGCACAACAAGCAUGUGUAUUGGUUCUUCAAUUGGAAAAACCAAGAAAGGAUCAUCAAGAAAUGAUCUUCCAUCACAUCGUCACUUUACUAUUAGUUUGGUCAUCAUACGUGUUCCACUUCACUAGAAUCGGUCUAGCAAUCUACAUCACCAUGGACAUUUCGGAUUUCCUAUUAUCAUUAUCCAAGAUCUUCAAUUAUUUGGAUUCCCCUUUCACACCACCAGUAUUCUUCAUCUUCGUCACUACGUGGAUUUACUUGCGUCAUUAUAUCAAUAUCAAGAUAUUAUGGUCCGUCUUGACGGAAUUUAGAACUGUCGGAGACUACGUAUUGGAUUUCGCCACUCAACAAUACAAAUGUUGGAUCUCUUUACCCAUAGUGUUCACUCUCAUCGCUGCUUUGCAACUAGUUAACCUGUACUGGCUAUUCCUGAUCUUUAGAAUCCUUUAUAGAAUGGUAUGGAAGGGUAUCGUGGAGGAUACAAGAAGUGAUACGGAAUCAGAAUCAGAGGAAUCAAUGACUCCAACGGACAGCAAUGCCAAGAAGAACUUUUAA